AUGGACGUGCUAGGAUUCAGCACCCAGUGUAAAGUACGACAGUGUUUUUUAUGUCAGGGGGACACAGAAUUCUACUGUAACACGUGUAAAAAUGGCCUGUGUCUACAGUGUAAAGAUAGACAUGUUAUUGAUUUAAAUACCAUCUACCAUGACGUUGUGAUUUACCGCGAGAAGUAUGAAUAUAUCCCAAAACAAGAGACCUGUGUGAGACACCCAGAUAAAAUAUACGAAAUGUUCUGUAAAUCAUGUGAACUUCCUGUAUGUUUUCAAUGUAAAGAACACAGAAAACACAGCAGAAUGGAUAUCAAAUUCAGGUCCUUGUAUAAAACAAACCGUCAACAGAAGAGAGAAAUCAUUCAUAACAUUAGAAGUGAUAUUCUCUAUAAGAGCUGCUUUCUUCUGGCAGAAAUCAAAUUUGAGAUAAAAACGUGUCCUGUUAUAGUCUCUGGCAAGCACUCAGAUAUGUUGAUGAAAUCCCAGAGACUAAAGAGCCUUAUUGACACCAUGAUAUGUGAUUUUAAAACCCAGCAGAAAUCUUUUAUGAUGUACAGAUUAAAUCAACAAAAUAAAAAAAUGAACAGACACCUUGCAAGCAUAGGGAACUAUGAACAUAGAUUUGAACAAUUAGGAAAAAUGCCAGUAAAAUUUCUCUUAUUUCUGAAGAAAACCCUUGUCUUUAAGAUAAAGGGUAUUCCAACUCUUUCACAACAUAUCUUGCUCUCCUUGACUAAAGAAAUCAACAUGGACGAUGUAAUAAUGUUAUUAAAUGAAGUGCAAAUCGUAGAGACUGUAGGAGAAAAAUUCAAAAAAUGA